AUGUUUAAUAAAAGGAAACUCUUAUAAAAUAUAGUAGAACUAUAUUAUGAGUAAGUGGAAUAGAUGGAGAAUAAUUAUGAUAUUGAUAAUAAAUAGGCUACAAAAAUACAGUCUUAUUAUCGAAUGUAUGUGUUACAUAAAUCUUACAAAAAGAAUCAAAAUGCAACAAUUACAAUUCAAAAAUAUUGUAGAGCAUAUUUGGCUAGAUAAUUAGUAAAAUAGAGAUUAAGUGAAUGCAAAAAUAAGAGAAAUGUAUCAACAAUUGUGUGAUAUUAAUUUUAGAUAAUUUAUCUUUCUCAUUAAGCAUAAACAAUAUAAAGAUAUUUUAGAGGAUAUAUUUAUAGAAAAUAUGUUCACGAUUUCUAUUUAAGAAAGAAGUAACUUGAAUAAAUGAAUAUAAAGAAUCAAAACUUUUUAUAAGAAUUAAGAUAAAAGGCAGAGUAAGAAAGAGAAGAAGAGAAAAUCAGACAUGAAUAAGCCGCAAAAUAAGAAUUUAUGAAAUUAGCAACAAAUUUACAUCAUUUAACAUCAACAAAGUCUUAACCAGGAAUAUAUAAGCCUCCAUUUGCAAAAGAUAAUCCAAAAGCAUUUGAUAUAGAAGUUGAAACAUAAUUAAAAAUUGCAUUUUAAACAAAUGUAUAAUGGAAGAGCUAAAAAAGAAGUGGAAGUGCCUAAAGAGCUGUAACUAGUCAAGGAUUCAGAAUUAGACCAUAAUCAUAAAAGCUUAAAUGA